CGUAGUACAGGCCGAACAGAGAGAGGAGAUGACCAGGUAGUAAAGAAUACAGAGCCAGCAGUUCAUGUGAAAGGCCAGGACCCCCUUACUGCCUCAAAGCUGGCGGCUGCACCCUUAAAAGAGCAGAAACAACUCCUGGGUGAGCGGCUGUAUCCACUUAUCCAGGCCUUGCAUCCGACUCUUGCUGGAAAGAUCACAGGCAUGCUGCUGGAGAUCGACAACUCUGAACUACUGCACAUGCUCGAGUCUCCAGAAUCCCUGCACUCCAAGGUUGAAGAGGCUGUAGCUGUUCUUCAGGCUCAUCAAGCCAAGGGCCUGUCUGCAAAGUAAAGGGGCUCUGUAAGACUGAAAUGCAUGCACACUGAAUGUCUAUAUAUUGUUCUUGAGAAUGGGGGAAAAGAAAACGGCACUACAGAGUCAUAUUAUUAAUGCAUGAUUUGCACACUACAAAUGUCCUCUUGCUGUCCACAGGGUUUUUGAUUUUGUUUAUUAAAA